AUGUCAUCCAGCGAUACUAAGUCGUUGCCGUUUCUGUACCAAUUCUUCGCCGGGGCCGUGGCAGGCGUGUCCGAAAUCCUCGUGAUGUACCCGCUCGAUGUGGUCAAGACGCGGAUGCAGCUGCAGGUGCAGGGCGGGGCCGGGCCGCACUACACGGGCGUGGUGGACUGCCUCAAGAAGAUCGUGGCGGGCGAGGGCGUCGGGCGGCUGUACAAGGGCAUUUCGUCGCCGAUCCUGAUGGAGGCCCCCAAGCGGGCGACCAAGUUUGCGUGCAACGACGAGUUCCAGAAGCUGUACAAGCAGGCCUUCGGCGUGGAGAAGCUGUCGCAGCCGCUGUCGAUGCUGGCGGGUGCGUCGGCGGGGUGCGUUGAGGCGUUUGUGGUGGUGCCGUUCGAGCUGGUGAAGAUCCGGCUGCAGGACGCGUCGUCGAGCUACAAGGGCCCGGUGGACGUGGUGCGCAAGAUCGUGGCGCGCGAAGGCGUGUUGGCGAUGUACAACGGGUUGGAGAGCACGCUGUGGCGGCACGCGCUGUGGAACGGCGGGUACUUUGGGAUCAUCUUCCAGGCGCGCGCGCUGCUGCCCGCGGCGCACAACAAGACGCAGCGCAUCACCAACGACCUGAUCGCGGGCAGCAUCGGCGGCUCGAUCGGCUGCAUGCUGUCCACGCCGUUCGACGUGGUCAAGUCGCGCAUCCAGAACACGGCCGUGAUCCCGGGCGUCGUGCGCAAGUACAACUGGUCGCUGCCCUCGCUGCUCACCAUCUACCGGGAGGAGGGCUUCCGCGCGCUGUACAAGGGCUUCGUGCCCAAGGUGCUGCGGCUGGGGCCCGGCGGAGGCAUCCUGCUGGUGGUCUUCACCGGCGUGCUCGACUUCUGCCGCGCGAUCCACUACGGUAAAUAG